AUGCUGGCCAAUGGUGGUGGCAUCGCCGCUGCGGCAACAGCAUCCGCGUCAGCAGCAGCAGCAACAACAUCAUCAUCUAUAAAUAAUAACAAUAACAUUAACAAUAGAAAAACUCAAGUAGUUGGUAGUAGCAUUAAUAAUAAGAACAAUCAUUGUAGCAGCGGCAACAAAUUAUUAGCAUCGGCAACAGCGUCAAAUAUCGCCUCUAGCAGUAAUCCCUCAAAGAAUUUAAAAUCACAACAACAAUCGCAUAAUCCCACCCAUCACCAUCAUCAUCAGCAGCAGCAGCAGCAAAAACAAAAAAGACUCUCAAUUUUGAGCACCACCAUGCCGAAGCAGAUAAAUCAUCACAUGCCACAGUUAUACCAGGAUAACGAGGCAUUCUAUCAUCAUCAACAACAACAGCAACAACACUCGACGCCACGCUCUUCAGCUGUGGUGGCACCCCACUUCAGCUACACUCUGCAGAAUAGCAAAACUUCAUCUCUAGCCCCGAGGCCUCAACCCACAUCACAAGCUUUUUAUCACAACUCUCUGAAGACAAGUGAUUUGAAAGUUCUAAAGCUUUCGCUAACCAACAAAGACUGUGAUCCCGAAGAUGACAGCGAUGAUAUACUCUCCGAUGAUCGCGGCGAUGAGGAUGGUGAUUAUUAUAUGCCUUCGUCUCUGGAAAUAUUGGGCAUACAAAAGGCAUUGGAAAACAUUGAGGCUGCCGAACAGAAAACUGCAGCUAAUGAUAGCGAUGACUUGGAUGAGGGCGCUGUUAGCAGUGAGAAAAAUUCAGAAUCGUCUAAUGAUUUAGAAGUUACAAAAAAUGCUGCAAAUAAUUUAUUUAAACUACAACAACAACAACCCGAACAAGAAGAUGAACAAACAACAAAUAGGCUGUGGUAUCAUUGAUGAAACCAAUGGAUUUGAGCGCUUAAACUCUGAAUAUGAACAAAAAGUAACAACAAGAACUACACAAACAAUAACCGAAAUCCUGCCUGAGUUACAAGGACUGGCCACAAAAUGUUAGCCUUAAAUUGGCAAUGAAAUCAGCCAACAAAGAAAAAAAAGGUAAAUAAGGCUUUGUGCAACACAACUUCAGGUGGACUGACUAAUAAUGGCUAAAAAAUAAAAAAAAAAAAAUAUAUACAAACCCAUAAACAUACAAAAGGAAAAUUUUUGACGGUAAUGAUGGAGAGAAACGAACAAACUCUCACUAAGAAAAAUAAUAAUAAAAAAGCAAAACAUAAGCCCACAUAAUAUUAUUAUAAAAAAAAAACUCAAACCCCCAAACAACUAGAACACCGUAUGCUUUACCUUAACGAAAAGAAAAACCGAAACGAAGGAAAACUACACAAACUUCAUGAAAAUUUGGUGAAGCAAAAACAAACAAAUAAACUAAACAAGCAACCAACAAAACAAAAGAAGAUGGAAAGUAUAGACUUGGGUCUAAACUUUUGUCAAGACUUCCAACACAAGCCGAUAUACGAACCAGCCAUACACUCUACCCUACACACCACAAAACUUAAACUUACACUGAGAGAAAACAAAUUUUUGGUUUUUUUUAUACGAAAUCUAUAAGAGGACUUUUAGGAUUUUUCUUUUGGUUCAAAUUUUUGUAUUAUUCAUAGUAGAGUAGUUUUGAAGAAAAAGCACCUUUAAUUUUAUAUAGCCAAGGUAAAGAAAAGGAAAAAAGGAAAUCAUAACAACUAUACACCAACUCACUACAUACAAUACAUAUGUACUCGUACAUCACUCUACACACACACACCAAACUUACUUGAUGAUGAGAUAGUAGGAAAAAAACAAGAACACAACAACUUAAAAUGAAAUUUUUGCCAACGAAACAAACAAAACAAAUUAUUAAAGUUUUAAACUUAAAAGAAGAAAAAAAAGAACAUAUUUAUUAAAAAAAUAACAAACAAAAAAAAAAAAUCUAGCAAAAACCAGCUAAGAAGCACAUAAAGUUUUUUUGUAAAUAUUUCAAAUUGAUAAGGAAAUUUGAGAAAAAAUAUUAAAUAAAAUAUAUUUCAAAGAAAAAUGGUAGUAAGACUAUUAAAACAGCAAGCCGAUCAAUAGGUGAACUCAUUUAAAUUCGUAAUGAAAUCCAGUAAGGACUAUUUUAAGUAACACAACGUACACAUACAACAACAACUUAUAUAGCCAUUCUUAAGCAACCAAGUAUUGAACACAAAAAAAAAGUAAACAAAGUGACACAAAAAAAAGAAAACACUUAAACAAUUAAUUAGCUGAAUUUUUUA